GCAGACGCCCUGUUUCGGCUCCUGGUCAGCGCGCCUGGCGCUCCCCCACCCCGCCAGUUUCCAUGCGAGGCUUUGGGUCAUGAUUACAUCCCCCUUGCUUUCUGCCGUAAGAAGUAGUCAGCACGGAGGAGGAGGAGGAGGCGGAGGCGCAGUAGGAGGAGGAGGCGGAGGCGCGCGAGAGCUCGGCAGCAGCAGCAGCAGCAGCAGCAGCUCUGAUCUUCCCUGGCAAAGCGGACACUCUGGGAGUCCUACGAGCGGCGGCAGCAGCAGCAGCGGCGGCGGCGGCACCUCCAAGCCUUUCUUCCACGUCGUCCCACCCUCGGACCCUUUACGCCAGGCGAACCGCCUCCCCAUCAAAGUCUUGAAAAUGCUCACGGCACGGACUGGACACAUUUUGCACCCCGAAUACCUCCAGCCUUUGCCUUCCACCCCAGUCAGCCCCAUUGAGUUAGACGCGAAGAAGAGCCCGCUGGCCCUCCUGGCGCAGACUUGCUCCCAGAUCGGCAAGCCCGACCCGUCGCCCUCCUCCAAACUCUCGUCGGUCACGUCCAACGGCGGCGAGAAGGACGCGUCUAAAUCGGGGCCGCUGAAGCUCAGCGACAUCGGCGUGGAGGACAAGUCCAGCUUCAAGCCUUACUCCAAGCCCGGCGCAGACAAGAAGGAGCCGUCGGCGGGAGUGGGGGGCUCCGCGGCCGCCUCGGGGGGAGGCUCGGGUGGCGGCGGCGGCGGCAGCGAGAAGUCCGGCUUCCGGGUGCCGAGCGCCACCUGCCAGCCGUUCACGCCAAGGACAGGCAGCCCCUCCUCCAGCGCCUCGGCCUGCUCGCCCGGCCUGCUGCCCGGCGGGGAGGGCAAGGGCGGCGGCGGCGGCGGCGGCGGCGGCGACGGGGAUAAGAAGGACGCCCCCGACGGCUGCGGCAAGGGCGGCUCGGAGUCGUCCGGGGCCCACGGCCGGCUGGGCACGGGCUGUGGCGGGAUUACGGCGGAGCUGAGCCAGGCCCACGAGAGCGCCAAGGGCCUCCUGGCGGCCUCGGCCGCCUCCUCGUCGUCGUCCUCGUCCUCGUCGUCGUCCUCGGACUCCUCUUGCAGCGGCGGCAACCCGGUCACGUCGUCCGCCGCCGCCGCCGCCUCGGUGCUGGGCUCGGGCCUGGUGGCGCCCGUGUCCCCCUACAAGCCCGGGCAGACGGUGUUCCCGCUGCCGCCGGCCGGCAUGAGCUACCCGGGCGCGCUGGCCGGCGCCUACGCGGGCUACCCGCCGCAGUUCCUGCCGCACGGCGUGGCGCUCGACCCCAGCAAGCCCGGCAGCCUGGUGGGCGCGCAGCUGGCGGGCAGCCUGGGCUGCGGCAAGGCGGCGGCGGGCUCGAGCCCCCUGGCGGGCGCCUCGCCGCCCUCGGUCAUGACGGCCAGCCUGUGCCGCGACCCGUACUGCCUGAGCUACCACUGCGCCAGCCACCUGGCCGGCGCCGCCGCCGCCAGCGCCUCGUGCGCGCACGACCAGGCGCUCAAGGCCGGCUACCCGCUGGUGUACCCGACGCACCCGCUGCACACGGUCCACUCCUCGCUGGGCGGCGCCACCCCGCCCUCGCUGGCCGGCCACCCCUUGUACCCGUACGGCUUCAUGCUGCCCAACGACCCCCAGCCCCACAUCUGCAACUGGGUCUCGGCCAACGGGCCGUGCGACAAGCGCUUCGCCACCUCCGAGGAGCUGCUCAGCCACUUGCGGACUCACACCGCCUUCCCGGGCACCGACAAACUGCUCUCCAGCUACCCCAGUUCCAGCUCCUUAGCCAGCGCGGCCGCGGCGGCCAUGGCGUGCCACAUGCACAUCCCCACCACGGGGGCCCCGGGCAGCCCCGGCACCCUGGCUCUGCGCAGCCCGCACCACGCCUUGGGACUCAGCAGCCGCUACCACCCGUACUCCAAGAGCCCUCUGCCCACCCCCGGAGCCCCAGUGCCUGUCCCGGCGGCCACGGGACCCUAUUACUCCCCAUACGCGCUCUAUGGGCAAAGACUGACGACAGCGUCCGCUUUGGGAUACCAGUGAGUUUUGGGGGCUUCUUGGGAUGUUUUUUUUUUAGGGGUCAAAGGGGUGGGGUGGGCGAGAGAGAACAAUUUCAAGCAACACUUCUGGGGGAAAGAACACACAGCAACCCCUCAAAACUUUCUUAAAAACAAACAAACAAAAGAAAAUUGAAAAUUUGACUUUUUAUAUAUAUAUAUAAAGAUAGUGUUCAUCUUGAGGACUGGAUCCAUGGGCACUGUAUUUAUUUAUGUUAGCUUCAAGCGGGACAAUGAAUCAAUAAAAGUGCAUUACGUAACUUCAGCUCAAUAGGCUUAAAGGAAAAAAAAUUUAAAGUGGAAACACCCGUUGUAGAAUAUAAAUAAAUAAAAAGAAAACAAAAAUAGAGGUCUUCUCUUUAAUGUUACUUUAAAAUUGAUAUGAUUGUAUUGUACGUUCUUAUUUAAUGUCUCAUUGGGGUUGGGGGGGGAACUUAAAUGCAUGUCUCCUAAAAAACAACAACACACUUAAUUUGCAAUUUGUCAGCUUGAAUUUCAAAUUGCAAUUAUUUUUGAAGAAGUAUACCAUCGCAGAAAGAGAAUUGGUAUUUUUUGUACGAAUUCUGGAAGAAAGGAAACCCAACAACGACUCUAUUCCAAAAACCUCCAUUUGCCUUAUUUUUGUUCUUUAAAAGGAACGCUUGACUAUUUUUUAAUUUUUAAGUCCACCCUGUAGAAGGGGCAAAAACAAGGAUGACAUCAUGUAUUUAAAAUAAUAGACAAUGUAUCGCUUUAAAGAUUAAAAUUCCGUAUAUUUGAUGUAUUAAAAAAGGUUUUACUUUUCUUUUGAAA